CUCGCAGCUAUUGGACUCUUUGGUAUUCUCUCUCUCUUGGUAUCUCACUCUUUCGCUCUCUCACACUCUCUUGAGGGGCUGACCAGCGGAACAAUCGCCAGUCUACGCUGAACCCUCGUUCGGGGCGAGCGGUCUCGGGUCCGGAUUCACGCUUGUUGAUGUCGUAAGAGCGAAUUCAUUGCCACCAUAAAAGGAACAUUGCAUGUCAAGAUGAGUAUAAUUUUGGACUUGGGCCUUGGCAUUUCCCUAAUCAAUAUCUACUACUCGCUAUCAUAUUUUCUUAUGUGGUGUGUGGAACUGCAACAUGACUAUGAGAACGACAAUGAGACAUUUGUUUGGCUAGCUGUUUAUACGUGCAACCUUUUCCUCAAUGCGUUUCUCUUCUUGGGCCUGCGUAAGAGAGAUCGUCUGGCCAUUCUCGUGUGGUUCUCUUUGACGCUGCUCUGGUUUCUGCCCAAGCUGUAUGGCCACUCAAGGGGUUGCCGUCUGGACAGACGUGGGUCAACGUACCAAAUAGUCAAUCUUGUUAUGGAAAUCUAUGUGAUUAUAUCGUUUAUAAUCAUGCUGUUGGCUUACAUUUAUCUGCCCCAAAGGAGGAAGCGAAGCACCGAGAAAACCAACAAUGAUGAUCCCUCAGAAAUUCCAAUGGUUGACUUAAUGGACAAAGCUGGCAGCUCGAAUAUGGAAACGAAUGCUAACUUAGUCCACAGUGAUUGUGUGGUUCAAAAGUUCAACAGUUUUGAAUUUCAUCAGGCUGACUACGGAAACGACGAUGAUUAGACUAAAAUGUAUAUAAAAAACACAUAAAAAACUCUUAACAUUCCCGCACAACUUAGAUAAUCUACAACUAUAGUAUUUUGAUAUUGUUUUUGGGAGCUAACCAAAUGUGAAUUUUGUCAUUUGUUCCAAAAAUGCUCACCUGAUGCACUGACUACUGGAUAAUAGCUAAAUACUUAUACAGAUAUACAUAUAUUUAUAUAUACAUGCAGAUAUUGUAUGCUUGUUAAGUUUUUUUUUGGUAUUUUAAUGCCUGACAAUAAAAGACCUAUGAUCAUUGCAG